CACACACACACACAGUGAAAGUGAAAGUCACACUGACGGUCUGAAAGCAGUUGCUGCUUUUCUUGUCAGUCAAAUGUUUUUUGAAACUUAAAGCAGGAGGAACGUUUAAACGACUCGUGUUUGUCUCCACUUUGCUGCUGCAGAAGAAGAAGACCAGCAGAGUGACAGAAAGCUGCAGUUAACACUGAGCAAUGGAUGCCGACGCCACAGGGACGAUGGCGGUGGCAGCGCUCGGCCGGCCUUUCAGCCUCGGGAUGCUGUAUGACUGCCGCAAUGACUCACUCAUCCCUGGCAUGACAUUGUGGGACCUUAAUGAUCUGAAAAAUGAUAUACAAGAAAGACCACAGCGCUACAACAAUUUUGAGAUAGUUGCAUCUGAAUCAAUUGCAGAUAAAUCUUCAGCAUUAAAUGUAGAAGCAUCGCUGAAGGCAAGUUUACUUGGUGGACUAGUAGAGGUUGGAGGAUCUGCCAAAUACCUGAAAGAUAGUAAAACAUCCAAAAAUCAGGCCAGAGUGACACUGACGUACCAAGCAACAACAAAGAUGAAGCAACUGUCAAUGAAUCAUCUUGGAACACACAAUGUAAAGCAUCGGGAUGUCAUUGAAAAAAAAAUAGCAACACAUGUAGUCACAGGUAUCCUUUAUGGGGCACAAGCCUUCUUUGUCUUUGACCGUGAGGUGUCUGAUGAAGAAAGUCAUCAUGACAUUCAGGGCAAGAUGAAGAUGAUGAUAAAGAAAAUCCCAAAACUCACAAUAGAGGCGGAAGGUUCCCUAAAAAUGACAGAUGAGGAAAAAGAAAGUGUGGAGAAGUUCUCCUGCAAAUUCCAUGGAGACUUUUUACUGGAGAAAACUCCAACAUCCUUUCAGGAUGCCGUACAAGUCUACCAAAGCCUGCCAAAUUUACUGGGAACCAAUGGAGAAAAUGCUGUACCAAUGAAGGUCUGGCUGAUGCCACUUGUGAGUUUAGAUUCAGAUGCUGCUAAACUUGUCCGUCAGAUAAGUAUAAGAUUAGUACAGGAAUCCCAGAGUGUCCUGGAGGACUUCACUGAGCUGGAAAUGAGGUGCAAUGACGCAAUGAGAACCACCACUGCACAGCAGUUCCCACAGAUUGGUAAAAAACUUAAAACAUUUGCACAAUUUUGCUCCGAGUACAAACUGGAAUUCCAACAAAAUUUGGCAAAGAAACUUCCAUUAAUCCGGGGAGGAGGGAAAGAGGAGGCUGUGCUCGCAGAGAUCCUGAAGAAGAGACAUUCUUCUCCUUUCAACAACACAAGCCUGAACGAGUGGAUGGACUGUAAAGAGAGAGAAAUCUACACCUUACUGUCUUUAACCAACAAGAUGAACAACACCAGGAUCGUCUCAUCUCAAAGUCAUCUGAACAGGGAAAUUCUCAGCACAGAACAUGCUGUGUGUUUUGUUUUCACCUCACUGGGAAGUGCUGAACCGUACCUCUCAGAUUUAUUAAACUACUUAAAAGAAACACCCAAACCAGACAAACCACAAUAUCCACAGACUGAUGAUGUAGAGAAGGAACAAUGGUACACCUCAAAAGAAGUAUCAGAUGCAAUGAGGAAGAAAGCAAAACUAUUCAGUGAUUUUGCAGAGGCCAACAAGGAGAAUGAGAACAUAAAGUUCCUGACAGUAGGUUUAACAAAUGAGACACAGAAAGGUUCAAGCAUCUACGUUUAUGAAGACGGUUUUUCUGUCAGUGAGAACUUUGAGCUGCCUUCAAAGCCUGAAACAGUGACAGCAGGUGAUGUAACCCACAACAGUGUGACACUGAAGAUUUGUCCACCAAGAUUUGGAGCAGAGAACAUCACCUCCUACUCUGUAGAGUACUGUGUCAGCGGAGAGGAUGGAUGGCAACAAAAACCAGCAUCAAAGGCUGAAGAAGUCACAGUGAGCGAUCUGACUCCUGACACAGAGUUCAUGUUCAGAUGCAGAGCAGUCACCUCAGUAGGUGUUGGGCCAGCUGGUGAAGUCAGUGGUCCCAUUAAAACCUUACCUUGCAGCCCUCCUGAAAAACCUCAAGUUGAAGCAAACCCAGCCAUGGGAGGCUCAUCUUCAGCCCCAUCACCCCCUCCAACACCACCACCUUCUGCCACUUUUAGUGUUCCCAGGAGAAAAAUAUCUUGGGGAGACAAAGAGAGAGAUCUGCAGUAUGUGAGGAAUUAUCAACCUGAAAACACCGAAGUCAAACAUCUCAGGAUCUUGCUCUACGGGCCAGUCGGUGCUGGAAAGUCCAGCUUCAUCAGUUCUGUCGUCAGCACCGUGAGAGGCAGGCUGUGCGUUACAGCUGAAGCCAGUGCAACCGUCAGUGACACAAGUCACUCCAAGAAAUAUGAGACUCACAGAAUCCAGAAAGAAAGCAGAGGAAACUUCUACCCUUUUGUAUUCAAUGACAUCAUGGGUCUGGAGGAAGGAGUUGGAUGUGGAGUCAGCGUGGAAGACAUCAAACUGGCCUUGAAGGGACACGUGCAGGAGGGAUACAAGUUCAAUCCUGCAUCUCCAUUGUCAGACCGUGAUCCUGGAUACAUCUCCUCACCGUCUGCAGAUGACAAAGUUCAUGUUCUGGUUUGUGUCUGUUCUGCUAAUGCAUCAGAGAUUAAGGGGCCUGUUAUGCAGAAGAUGAGGGAAAUCAGAGAAGUAGCCAGUAACUUGGGUAAGAGCAGUGCUUGAGAGAAGAGUAUCAGACAAUGAAACACAUCUGUUAUAAUAAGGUUUCAGGUACACUGCUCACAGUAAAGCUGAGUGUUCAUGAAUCUGCUUCAAUCAGUGAACUCAUGCAGAACUAAUAAUGAUGUGAAUGUUGAGUAUGUACAGACUGCAGCUCAGCUGAUACUGCAGUUAUGACACUGAUGUAAAUAUA